AUAUCGAAGUGGGAUAUGUGAUGGACGAUGGACAGCGAUAGUCGUCCUAUCGUUUCAUUACUAUAAGUUCUAGACAAUAUCGAUUUAAAUAAUUACAUUUUUUAAAUUUUACAUCUAAAAAAUAAUAUAUAUGUAGGUUUAUAUAUAAAUUAAUAUAUAUUAUAAUAAAAUACACAUUUAAAGACAAUGUAUUAUAAAAAAAUAAUAAUGUAUUAAAGAGGAGUUUAAAGAGGUUAUGUGAUAACCUAUAUCGUGCAAUAUAUAACCAAAAAAUUCAAAUUUUGUAAUAAAAAAUUUAUUAGUUUUUAUUGUUACAAUCGGAAAUUGUAAAAUAAACAUGAUUUCGGAUUACUGUGGGCAGGGCAGAGUUUGGAGAAACCUUAAAAUAAACGAUGAAGAUCACGCGAUUUGUAUUACGAAGGAAAAUGAGUCGUGGAAAGUUUUUUUAACAAAUCUAAUAGAAAUUUGGACAGAGAUUUUAACGGACGAAAUAAUGUUUCACAAAUGUCAGACCAUGAAUCCUCUUUUAAGUUUUGAAGCUUUCGACUGGAAGCAAUUGGUGCUGGAUAUGCUAAAUGAUAUCCCUCAAUAUGUACACAAAAACAUUUUAGAAGUUACUACAUAUCGAAUAGAAUUGCACAAAAAAGAGAAUUUCGGAAAACUGAGGUUUUCAUUGGACCUUCUCAAAGGGACGCCAGAGCAGCUUUGGGAGAGCAUCACUAUGCCUCUCUGUUUGUCGUCAAUGGAACUCAUGCGUCGACAUCAGAUUCUGCUGGAUCUGGUGAAACAGAAGGAUGAAGAGAUCGCGGAGUAUAAAGCAGAAGGCGCGAAGUUGAUUCGGAAAUAUAUCGCUACGAAGCCAUUCAAUGAAGAAUUGUUUCACAUUGAUGAUGCUGGAGCGGCUAUAACUGAUUUUGUAAACACUUUCCAAUCUGUGCUUCAUUUUUACAAUGAAAUAUACUUGCCGAAAUUACAUGUGAAACCGGAAUUAGAAGUAUCUUUGAAUAGUGCAAGUGGUACUAAUGGUCUCAAGAUUGAUGAGAAUGUUCUUCCUGAUUUAAGAACUGAAUCGGUUCAGUCGGAACAGAAGCAAGACGAAUUGACUAAUGACGAGCAAAUGCAUUCAAAAGUUGAAGAAUGUAAAACAAGUCCUUCGUCCAGCAAAACUCAAAUUCUGAGAAUUAGUAACACAUCUCACACGAUACAUAAAGUGAAAAAGAAUAAAAAAACCUUGAAUAUUUUAUAAUGUAGCGAAAUGUUACAUUAUCAAUUAUUAACCAAAUAUUUUCUUAAAUUAUAAUUAUUUUAAAAAAUUAAGUAAGUUUCAAUUUUAGAUUUGUUAUUUGUGCUGUUAUGAUAUGUGUUACAUAUGACUUAUGCUAGUUUUACACGUGUGAUAAUUGUAUAGUUGUGAAAAAUGUUUAUAAGAAAUGUAAAGAAUAUUUAUAUUAUAUUAUAUAGAAAUAAGUUUGAAAUUUAAAGGCUAAAGCAUAUGAGACAUAUAUGAAAAUGAAAUAAGACGUAAAGACAAAAAUUAAUAAUCUACAUAAAAUUCAAUAAAAAAAGAAAAAGAAUACAA